AUGGCUGCCAAGACUGUCUUGAUAGUUUAUGCACAUCAGAGCCCCACUUCGUUCAACUCCGCUGCUCAUAAAGUCGCUGAAGAAGCACUAAAGGAGCAGGGCUGCAAAGUCCUUGUCUCAGACCUGUAUGCCAUGGACUUCCAGGCCUCUGCAACCAGAAAGGAUAUCUCAGGUGAUCUGAAGGAACCAGAGAACUUCAAGUAUGGAGACGAAGCGAUGGCUGCUUGGCAGGAGGGUCGACUCUCUAAAGACAUUACAGAAGAGCAACACAAGGUGGAAGAGGCAGAGUUGAUCAUCUUUCAGUUUCCUCUCUAUUGGUUCAGUGUCCCUGCCAUCAUGAAAGGUUGGAUGGACAGAGUUUUGUCACAAGGAUUUGCCUUUUCACUCCAAAACAUGUACGACAAUGGCAUUUUUAAGGACAAGAAGGCUGUGUUGUCUAUUACCACCGGGGCCAUGGAAUCUAUGUUUUUCUCUGAUGGCAUCAGUGGGGACAUAAAUGUAACACUGUGGCCAUUGCAGAAUGGAGUCCUUCACUUCUGUGGAUUUCAAGUUCUUCAACCGCAGAUCUUCUGGAGCAUUGCACAUACACCCCCCAACAUAAGGACAGUCUUGUUGGAUGCUUGGAGAGCAAGACUGAAGGGGAUAUGGGAAGAGAAACCGCUGUCCUUCGCAUCCUGUGCACUCUUCGAUCUUAGCUUUCAAGGAGGGUUUCGCCUGACCUCUGAGGCUAAGGAAAAACUUAACGUUGCUCCUUAUGGCAUCACAACAGGGCAACACAUGGGCAAACCACUUCCUCCUAAUAACCAGACCAAAUCAGAGAAUGAGGCUGCAAAAAAAAUAUCCGAUAUUCUGACAUAAUAUGGCAAUUAGACAGGGCAUAUUUGUAAGCCUAAAUAAUAACAUGAAUACAACAAA